UAUGAAAUUUGAUGUCGCUGCGACGUUUAUCAAAUUCUCAAGCUGUCAUUGUUGGCAUUGUCUUACGUGUAUUAGUUCUUAAGUAAGCAAAAGAUUAAACACUGCGAAAGAAGAAAGAAAAAACCUAAUAUUCCAUCGAUGAUUUCGAAUUUCUUUUUCAUUUAAUCCUAAUUUAACGCACUUAAUCAAUAAAACUUUACCUCAAUACCUAGUUGUUGAUUGUUAGACGUGGUGUAAUCAAUAGUGACAAAAUGUUGGUAGAUUUAGAGAAAAUUUUCCGUAGUUUAUUAGCGUUUUUGUAUUUCGGCAUUUUUGUUGCGGCCGAUGUACCACGACCAAGGGGGGUUUCAUUGAGCUUGGCCAGUUUGUAUGCACCCAGUGACACAUUCACAUGCCUAGAUGGCAAAUUGACCAUCAAAUACACACAAGUCAAUGACGACUAUUGCGAUUGUGAAGAUAGCAGCGAUGAGCCGGGAACGAGUGCGUGUCCAAACGGUAAAUUCCAUUGUGAGAACACGGGCCAUCAAUCGAUGGUAAUUCCAAGUUCACGCGUGAAUGAUGGAGUUUGCGAUUGUUGUGAUGCCUCUGAUGAAUAUGCAUCGAAGGCCGAAUGUACUAACAAUUGUGAUGAAUUGGGCCAAGAGGCGAGACAACGACAGAAAGUCAUGGCCGAUCUCUUGAAACGUGGUAGUUUGAUUCGAUCAGAAAUGAGCACCAAAGGGAAGGCAUUGAAAGAGGAACAAAGCUCACGGUUGAACACAAUUCAACAGUCAAUCGAUCAGGCUGAUGCGUUGAAGAACGAAAAGGAAAAGAUUAAGGAAGCCGCCGAAAAAUUGGAAUCAGCAGCACUUGAGAUGUACAAACAAAUCAUCGAUGAGGAAAAACAACGAAAAGCCGAUUUGGCUGCACAGGAGAAUAGAGCCGAGGCUGAGGAGAAAUUCAAGCUAUUCGAUUCGAAUGGUGAUGGUGUGAUUGAAAUUAGCGAAAUAACAACACGGGUGCAAUUCGACUCGAAUCGUGACGGACAAGUUGAUGAAGAGGAAGCUAAGUAUUUCUUGGAUCACCACGACCAAGUCGAUUUGGAAACAUUCGUCACACUCUGUUGGCCACGUAUGAAACCGUAUUUGAUGCUCGAUGCUGGCCUAUUCAAACCACCAGCAAAAACAGAAGAAGUCGAAGCCAAACACGAAGAAACCAUACGUGAAGAAGAGGCUCAUGAAGACGGCGAAAUUGCAGAAUUACAAAAUGAAGAGGACGCUGAAACAUUCGAUGAAGAAGAAACGGGAGAAGGUGAGGUUGAGCAAGUUGAGGCUCCAUCAGGUGAUCCAGAAUACGAUGAAGAGACUAAGCGAUUGAUCGAAGAAGCAACUAAGGCCCGUAGCGACUUUGAAGCAGCCCAACGUGAAUUGCGUGAUUUGGAGGCAGAAAAGCGACAAAUCGAUGAGUUGUUGAACAAAGACUAUGGACCACACGAAGAAUUCGCCAUUUUGAAUGGAGAAUGCUUCGAAUACGAAGACCGUGAAUACAUCUACCGACUUUGCCCAUUCGAUCGUGCUGUUCAAAAGCCAAAAGAUGGUGGUGAAACAAGACUCGGUGGUUGGGAUCGAUGGGAUGGAAAACCGAACAAAUAUUCAACGAUGUUAUAUUCAAAUGGUGCCGGCUGUUGGAAUGGUCCCCAGCGUUCGACAAUUGUUGAAUUGGAUUGUGGUUUAGAUAAUCGAGUAACUGCCGUCUCCGAACCAAAUCGUUGUGAAUACUUAUUUAAAUUCGAAACCCCAGCCGCUUGCAUCCACUCGCCGCAUGUCGAUAGCGAUGCAGCUACCGGCCACGACGAACUGUAGAUAAUAAUGUCAAUGAUUUUAGGGCAAAAAAAAAAAUUGAAAACACAGGAAAACAUACAACUAGAAAUAAGCCAUCACGAAGCAAAAAAAAGAGUAAUACAGAGUAAGAAGAGGGAAAUGAUAGAAGAAAAAGGAAAAAAAAACAACCAAAUGAAAUUUUUUUUUCACAAAUUAAAACUCACUUGGCAAGUUACAGUUUUACCGUUUAAAGAACAACAUAAAAAAAAAUAUACAAGAAAUUUGUCUAUUGAAAUGAUUGAGAUGAACAUUGCAAUGAGGUGUUUUCAUAUUUCAUGUAAAACUACUACAUUCCCAACUGUUUGACAGCUAACAAAGAAGAAUCAUUAUAUUUGUUUAUUUUUCUCACUCUCUCUCUCUUUCUCGGAGAUGAAAUAUUGUGUACAAUUUGUAAAUCUAAAAAUAGAGACAAGCAUUACGCAUUUUGUCACUCAUUUUCAAUUGUUGAAUACUUCAAUGUGUGAUUUUUCGGUUGAAUAUUGUAUUUUAUGAACGUGUACACCAAACACCAGUGUAAUUGUUUUUUCACCACAAACACACACAUACACACAGGAAAAAAAAUUGAUGAAAAUUGUCACGAAUCACUUGUUCCUUUUGCUGUUGUGGAAUCAAUAAACUCAUCUGAUGGAAAUGAGGAGAAAAAAA